AUGAACUCCCUCCUCGUCCUCGCUCUCUGGGCCGCUGGGUCCUGCAUAGCCUUCAGUAUUGCCAACUCCUACUGGUCUCAUCUCCGGUACGACGCUAAACGUAAAACCCAAGGCUGUCAGCGUGCUCCGCGCAUGCCCAACAAGUAUCCCUUCGCCGUCGACUUCUUCUUCGCUGCUAUCAAGGCAGAUAAGAAGAAGAAGUUUCCUGAGACAAUAGUGAAGCGGUAUGGGAAGGUGAGACAUGCUGGGGCGUUUGAGCACUACACUCUUGGAAAUCAUGAUGUUUCUAUCAAUGAUCCGAGAAACAUUCAGACUGUACUCUUGACGUGGUUCAAAGAAUCUGGGUUGGGUGGGAGACGGAGCAAUACGUUUCGACCGUUGCUUGGAAAUGGUAUUUUUGCAGUUGAUGGACCGAGCUGGGAACAUUCACGUGAUAUUCUCUGGCCUUCACAAGGAGUCAAGUUUCCGAUCAUGGAUAACAAGUACACAUUCAGCAUACAAUGA